AUGGCGAACCGCAACGUGAUGACGCCUGUGAAUGGGAGCAGAUCGCGAUCGACUGCGACAACCGAGCCGUCGCAGCCGAUGUCGGAAACAUCAGCCGAUCAAAAGGUCGUGGCAUGGACUCCGAGUGUGGAGAAGGAUCUGUUCCCCGAUCCAGCUGCGAAAGAGCAUGCCGCUCCAGAUUCCAGCGCCCCGACCGUUUAUUCCCCCCCCGGAAGAGUUCCAUCCACUCUUUUGAACGAGAAUUUCCAUCAGAUCUCCCUGGCUCCCGACACUGCGAUGUGGGUCGAGCACCUCCUCAGCCGUGGACACGACCGCCGUGGCAUUUCCGACGCAUGGCUCGAAGUUCCUGCCGCUCACAGGUAUCACAUGUGGCCGAAUACUAUGCUCCAACUUCUUAUGAACGACCCUCGGGUUGCACUGGAGGCCCUGGUCGGUAUGCGAUGCAUGCCGGUCACCGGGAGUUUCAACCCUAUCUCCGAUGCGCUCAAGGCUAUCCUGACGUCGGCCUUCGAACAGUAUCCCAACUACGAGCAGAAACUUCCUUCCAAUGUCUUCUCCGUGGUGAUGGAGGUGUUCUCUGCCUGGUCGACCAAAUGGUAUUACAUCGAUGCGAAGGUGUACUAUAUCCUUUUCACACACAGCGACGAGGCUCAAUUACAACAACUCGUCGGCGUGAUAUCGCGGGCGGGGGGUGUGGCGUCUCUUCAUUUCGAGACGCUCAUGCAUCUGGUCACGGCCUUUGGUCGAAUCGGCCGGUACAACGAUGCUAUGGGUGUUCUACGCAUUGCAGCCGGAAUGCCAAAAUGGGGGCAAAGAAAAACAGUGAUCGAAAAAGUCUGCACCACGAUUCUACAUAAGAGCAUGAAGCAAGCCGAUGGAUACCAACAGAACACCCGAUUAGUAGCGGAAAUGGUCGAUCUCGGCCUGCAGCUCAACGUCAUCCACUACAACGUUCUCCUCUACAACGCGUUUCGCGCACGCGAUAUCGAGACCGCCAAGACGCUGUUCGAUCUCUACUACCAGGUCGGCAUCAAACCCGACCAUUACACCGUUGCGACCAUGCUGUACGGUCUUCAGAGGACCACAGAUCAUGAACUGAAACACGCCAUCCUUGACCAUGCGAUCCAGAUGCAAAGGAACCACGCGACGCCAGGGCUGGCCGACCAUAUCCUCCGGGCGUUCUAUUUAUAUUCCAAAUCCGAGGGCCACAAAGUGUCUCUCGAAGGGACACUGCAAACCUACGGCUCCAUGUUUGAUGACCAGAUUCUACAUGAGCUGGGGGUGUAUGAGGAUUCGACCGAUCCGGACACCAUUCCGCGCCACGGGUCGCUGAUAUUCCCCACCACCAAUGCGAUCAAGACGGUUCUUCACGCGUACAUGUCUCGCAAACCAUUCAUGGCCUCGCCUCGGGAACUGGUCCCGCUCUACAACCGCUUCAAGAGCCUGUGCUUAGACAGCAAGAUCUUCUCCUCGGUAUUGGAUAGGUCAUCCCUCUACAACCUGUUCCUGUUCGCCUUUGGACGCCGCCAGGAAACUGUGCACCUCUGCCUCGAGAUCCUCGCCGAUAUGACCCGUCGACGGCGCGGUGGCCGCGAGCAGGCCCAUUCGUGGAUCGCGGGUGUUGACGAUCCCAGCGAGCCAUCCCCACUCGCGUCCGACCAGAAGCUGCGGCAGAUGCUGGUCAUCCCGGAUCACGUGGACAGGCCCAUGAAAAAGCGCCCCCGCCCGUACGAGCCCGACGUUUUCACCUACAACAUCCUCCUCCGCGCCUUCAUGAAGCAUCGCCACUUCGAGGCCACGUCGCGGAUUCUCAUGUUGAUGGGGAAGCAUGGGAUCAGCCCUAACGUCACGACGUGGAAUACCCUGGCCUCGUCCUACGUCAUCAGCGGCAAUCUCAAGUACGCAGCCGAUACGCUAAAUGCGAUGGAUAAGGAAGGGGUUGCCGUGACGGAUGAGACCAUCCGGCUCAUGGUCGAGGGCGGAGGGAGACAGCUCGUCGAGGAGAUGGAGACGCGAGGUUCCGAAGUUCAGGAAUAUGGGGUCGAGGAUCCCGAGGCGAGAGGUUUUCAGGACGCAGAAUCCGAAGACGUACAUGAUCCAUCCAAGGAAUGA